AUGCGGGCGAUCGCGCAGGUGGUGGUGGUUGGGGGCGGCGCCGCUGGGCUGUGCGCGGCGCAUUUCGCGGCCGAGGAGGGCGCGAGGGUGCUCGUUCUGGAGCGGAUGAAGCAGUGCGGGACCAAAAUUCUCAUGUCCGGCGGGACGCGCUGCAACAUCGCCCCCAUGGAGGUCAACCUGGAGACCGACUUCUUCUCGGACGCGUCCCGGAGCGCCCUGCGCGCCGCGUUCUCCUCCUGGGACCUCGACUCGUGCCUCGCGUGGAUCCAGAGCGCGCUGAAGCUGCAAAUCAAGGCCGACCCCGACACCCGGAAGUGGUUCCCGGCCACCGACUCGGCCCGCGACGCCCGCAACGCCCUCCAGGCCGCCUGCGAGCGCUCCGGAGCGGCCAUCCGCACCAACGCCUCGGUCUCGUCGAUCACCGGCGUCGACGCGCCGCGCCACCGCUGGCGCGUGGCGCUCGAGGACGGGUCCACGGUGGAGGCGCGGAGCGUCGUGAUCGCGGCGGGGGGGAUGUCGUGCCCCGCGGUGGGCACCGACGGCGCGGCGCUGAGCCUCGCGCAGACGCUGGGACACACCGCAGUGCCGCCGUACCCGGCGCUCACGCCGCUGCUGGGCGCGCACCCGGGCCCCGAGCCGCUGCCUGGGCUGACGCUGCCGGACGUGCGGCUGUCGUGCACGCCGCCGCGGAAGGACGCCGGUCCGGGGGGGGGUAAAAAGAAGAAGAAGCCGAAGGCGGUGGAGGCGGCGCGCACGGGGUUCCUGUUCACGCACAAGGGGUACUCCGGGCCGUCGGUGCUGGAUCUGAGCCAGAACUUCACGCGCGAGGACGCGGGCGAGGGCGCGGUGCUGCGCGUGUCGUGGGAUGGCGCCACGCGCGACGAGUGGGCGACGCGGCUGUCGCCGGCGCGGCACGGCGGGCGCGACGUGGCGCAGGUGCUCAAGCUGCACCUGCCCUCGCGCCUCGCGACGGCCGUGGCGGCGGCGGCGGGGCUCGGGGACGGCCGCGGGCAGCCCCUGGCGGGCCUGAGCAAGGGGAGCCGAAACGCGCUGCUCGACGCCCUGGCGGCGUACGAGCUGCCGGUGACGGGGCACGCGGGGUACACGAAGGCGGAGGUGACGGGCGGCGGCGUCCCGCUGACGGAGCUGCACCUGCCGAGCUUCGAGAGCCGGAUGGCCCCGGGGGUGUUUCUGUGCGGCGAGGUGGUGGACAUUCACGGCAGGAUCGGCGGGUUCAACUUCUACCACGCGUGGGUGAGCGGGCGCGCCGCGGGGCUCGGGGCGGCGAGCGCGGCUGCGCAAGUGAGCGAGGGCGGGGCGCGGGGCGCGGAGGGGGCCGCCGCAGCAGGGUGA